GUCCCGGUUAGCCUCUUGACCCGCGAACGUUUGGGUCUGGACACGUUUUUGCGCCAAGUCGUCAGUUCGAAGAGGACGAUGUGGGAAUCAGUGGAAAUAUAUAUUUGCCACCAUCUUCAAGCCUUUUCAAUGCAGUCGGUCGGCAUGUCGGUAGACGGGCUGUUGGGCGCAUGCGCGAGUAACGUUUUGAUGCUUGGACAGAUAAUUACAUUCCAUGAUCGCCGCUUCUUAAUGCGCCCACCAGACGUGUCUGCAAUUAUCUGUCAUCUCAGGCACACUCUUCCCGCCAGCAGCCGAGAGGAUUUUCAUAUAUCCUCCACCGUGCAGCCGCCUGCCUCGGGGACGGUCUGUUGCGACAAUUCGUCCGAGCGAUAUGGCCGACUCGGCCGUACCACUUCACUCCUCAUGAUCCCCUCUCCCCACCGGGUCGGUCACCAAAAGUCAACAGAUUAG